CUCGAGUCUUCAUCCUUCAGGCCUCGAUUCACGAUAAUAAGAAGGACAUCAAGGCUGAUUUUGCACGCUCCGCAUCAUAUCUCCAAUAAUCAGAGCAUAGUUUACCCACGUACGCCCACUGGCCUCGUCUCUACUCCAAUCAUUGCCCUGCGGAAAAUCUCGGACUCUGGUUGUGAAGCGUCUUCAAUUUCGUCCUCCGAAGUCUCCCGUCAUACAACUGUCCAUCGGAAGCAACAUUCGGCUUGGUCCCGGCUCCAGGAAUAUACAAAAGAGUCGAUUCCGCAUCAUGGCCUCUGACUAUUCUACCCGUCUUCAGGCUAUCCAGCAAAUUCGUCCUCACUCGCCUUCUCCUGCAACUGGUACAGCACGUUCAAACCUAGCCAAAACCAAUUUGCGAGCAUACACAUCCAGAAUGGUCUCUCAAUCGGUCAACAAGACCGCUCUCCACCCGGGUGGUGUUGAGCCGGGUCGUGAACACACGGAACUUGAAGAGGAACUUCACACUACGGCUCACAUCGACUAUGACCGAGUGGCCAUUGUUGCCAACCCCUCUGUCUCAGCUCUCUACGAAGAUGCCCUGGUUUACGAGACCGGUACAGCUAUUACAUCGUCGGGUGCCCUGAGUGCCUACUCGGGCAACAAGACCGGUCGUUCGCCGCUAGACAAGCGAGUGGUUCAAGAGGAAAGCUCAGAGAAGGAUGUGUGGUGGGGACCCGUGAACAAGCCCAUGUCACCAGAUGUCUGGAAGAUCAAUCGGGAACGUGCUAUCGACUACCUCAAUACCCGGAAUCGAAUUUACGUUAUCGACGGCUAUGCCGGCUGGGACGAGCGCUACCGUAUCAGCGUCCGAGUUGUCUGCGCCCGUGCCUACCAUGCCUUGUUCAUGCGGAACAUGCUCAUCAGACCUUCUCGCGAAGAGCUGAAGAACUUCCACCCCGACUAUGUUAUUUACAAUGCCGGCUCCUUCCCGGCCAACAGAUAUACCACUGGUAUGACCAGCGCCACCAGUGUUUCGCUCAACUUUGCCGAAAAAGAGAUGGUCAUUCUCGGAACUGAAUAUGCUGGUGAGAUGAAGAAGGGUGUCUUCACAGUCCUCUUCUACGAAAUGCCAGUCAAGCACAAUGUCCUGACCCUCCACUCAUCGGCCAACGAAGGUCAGAAGGGUGACGUGACUGUAUUCUUUGGUCUGUCUGGUACUGGCAAGACGACGUUAUCUGCGGAUCCUAAGCGCAAGCUGAUCGGUGAUGACGAGCACUGUUGGUCCGACAAGGGUGUCUUCAACAUCGAGGGUGGUUGCUACGCCAAGUGCAUCAACCUGUCUGCGGAGAAGGAACCAGAUAUUUUCGGUGCCAUCCGAUUCGGCUCAGUCCUUGAGAACGUUGUCUUCGACCCCGAGACCCGUGAAGUCGACUACGACGAUGCCACCCUGACCGAGAACACUCGAUGCGCCUACCCCAUUGAAUACAUCGGCAACGCAAAGAUCCCAUGUCUAAGCAACAACCACCCCAGCAACAUCAUCCUCCUCACCUGUGACGCUCGUGGUGUUCUGCCACCGAUCUCCAAGUUGAACACUGCCCAGACCAUGUUCCACUUCAUCUCCGGAUACACCUCCAAGAUGGCAGGCACCGAGGAUGGUGUUACUGAGCCUCAAGCUACCUUCUCUUCGUGCUUUGCUCAACCCUUCUUGGCCUUGCACCCCAUGCGAUACGCCAAGAUGUUGGCAGACAAGAUCUCCGAACACUCCACCAAUGCCUGGCUGCUGAACACCGGCUGGGUUGGUGCCGGCGCCGCUACUGGUGGCAAGCGUUGCCCACUGAAGUACACUCGGGCUAUCCUGGAUGCCAUUCACUCUGGGGAGCUUGCCAAGGCUGAGUACGAAACCUACGACAUCUUCAACCUCAGCGUGCCCAAGACUUGUCCGAAUGUUCCGGAUGAGCUGCUGAAUCCCAAGAAGAGCUGGACCGGCACCGCCGACUUCACCGAUGAGGUCACGAAGCUGGCCGUUCUCUUCAAUGAGAACUUCAAGAAGUACUCCGACCAGGCCACCGAGGAAGUCAUCAAGGCUGGCCCCACCGUGUAAGUCAAAGUUGUAAUGAUUGAGCCAUGAUUUUAUCGGGCUGUACAGAAUUCGUUUGAAAUCUGCAAUGCAUUUCUUGGAGUUGGGAACAACAGCGUUCGGUCUGUUUGAGAAAGGAUCAACAACACGAACGCGAGACGCGAGAGGCAUCACGAAGCUACGAACGGACAACCCGAUGAUGGCUGCAUCCUUCUCAUGCCUGGCUUGCCUUGUUUUGAGUGGCCGACAAGGGAAGGGGUUGCAAGCCUCAAAAACAUGCCUGAUAUAUGAUAGAGACGAGGAAGAUGGGGACAUAGCAGCUACUCUUCCGUUGGAAGUUGAAAAGCUGAUGUUACAAACACCAAAAUUGAACUUUACCAUUUUGCAA